AUAUCUUUCUUUUCAAUCAUUAUUAUUCAUCUUUCUUUGUCUUCCUGUUUGGAUGGACGCCGAACCUUUCGUCUUUCUCAAAAUCCCCAAUUUCCAAAACCCUAACCCUAAUUCCCCCACUCAAACCCUCAAUUCUCAAUCUCUAUAAACCAUGUUCCCCUGGAACUUCGCUAAAUCGGCCGAAGCCAUCUUCUCCCGAUUGGCCGUUAAGAAGAUUUGCAAGUUCUUGUUGAAGAAGAAAUUAGGGCAACUUAUUAUUGGCGAUAUCGAUCUUGAUCAGCUUGAUGUUCAACUUAGUAACGGCACGAUUCAGCUCUCUGAUCUUGCACUUAACGUUGAUUUUAUUAAUCAGAAGUUUGGUGAAUCAGCGAUUUUGGUUGUGAAAGAAGGAUCUAUAGGGGCUUUGACGGUUAAACUUCCAUGGAAGAAUAGGAAUUGUGAGAUAGAGUUGGAAGAACUCGAGGUUGUACUUGCACCGGGUGAGAAAAAGAGUUCACAAGUUGUAAAUGAAGCGUCUACUUCGGGUCAAGAGAGUGAUGUCUAUACGGGCCAUGACUUCGUGACGCCUGGAUAUGAAGCGGUUAACAGUACGAUGGUAACUAGUUCGGUUGAUAUCCAUGAAGGUGUUAAAACCAUCGCUAAGAUGGUGAAAUGGUUGUUAACGAGCUUUCAUGUUAAGGUUAAAAAACUAAUUGUUGCGUUAGAUCUGCCGGACGAACCAGAAGGGAAAGGGUGUUCUAGGACUUUGGUUUUGAGGAUCGGUGAAAUGGAAUGCGGGACCGGAAUUUCGGAAGAUGUUGACUGUAAAAGUAAACAGACGGUUGACGGUAUUCUCGGGCUAAGUCGACUUACAAAUUUUGUGAAAUUUGAUUCAGCAUCACUCGAGUUUAUUCGACCAGAUGGUAACGCGACGACACCGGUUAUCACAGGAGAAAAAGAUGGAUUUUCGGGGACGAUUAAACUAAGUAUACCAUGGAAGAACGGUUCUUUAGAUAUCAGAAAACUCGACGCCGAUGUGAAUAUCGAUCCUCUGGAACUAAGAUUACAACCGAGUACCAUGAAAAGCGUUAUGUAUUUCAUGCAUGUUUUUGAAGAACUUGAUAAACAUCACAAGAGUUUUAUGCAAAACAAACAAAUGGAAUCUAUAUACCAUAGUGUGUCUUCAUCACAUGGUUACUCAUCAACAUCAGGCUCUUUCGAGUUUUCUACUCAAAAACUCGAUUCAAAUUCUCCGGUUGAAAAAGAUUCGGUUUUAAAUGCGUUGUUGCGAAGUUCACAUCUAAUAUCAGACUGGAUGACAUCACCAGUCAGCACCGACCAAGAACAAAAGACCGAAGAAUCAGAAUUUGGGGCCAGUGUGGAUCAAUUCUUUGAAUGCUUUGAUGAAUUGAGAAGUUCACAAUCUGCAUUGGGUAGCAGUGGGAUGUGGAACUGGACAUGUUCUGUUUUUAGUGCGAUAACUGCUGCAUCAAAUCUUGAAUCUGGAUCGCUUAAUAUCCCUUCCGAGCAGAAGCAUGUUGAAACCAGUCUCAAGGCACGGAUCAUGCAGAUCGUCAUCUUGUUCUCGUUUGUGGAUGAAGACCAGAAGAAAGACGAGAAUUCAUGUGUCCAUUAUAUAAAUGCAGAUUUUCAUGACAUGCAGCUUGUCUUGCAGGUCUGUCCUCAAGAGUCAAACUUCGAAGCAACAGUCAACAACAUCGAAAUAUCAGAUUGUUUUAGUAACCCUGGUCUGCAAUUUCAAAACGAAAGUUUAAACGAUCAAGCUUUACUGAUAAGAAACAAACAAGACACAGUUGCACGUGCUUGUCCUCCUUUAGGUUUGUUAAACGAUCCCACGGUGUGUUUUAGCACCCAUCCAAGACAAGAAAGAGGCAUUUACAGUAACAACGUUGUGAACGUCUUGCUACUCAAAGUUUCUUCUGUCACUCGGUUCAAAUACAUCUCACCUUCUGUUUCACAAGAUGUCAAAUCGUCGCCGAAAUCUUUUUCGUUAAAUCUCCCGCCUCUCGUUUUCUGGGUAAAUUUUCAACUGAUAAGCACGGUUUUGGAUUUUUUUAAAGAAAUUGAAAAUUCCGCUAAACGGUAUAGCAAACGGGACCGUUCUUCAUCUCCAGACGACAAUUUAAAAGGUUCACGUAAAGAAACAGUAAGAGGCAAUAUUUCUCUUAUGGAUGCACGAAUCAUAUUAUGUUUCCCGUGUGAAAAGAUUGAAAAUUAUAAAAACUACUUAUCUUGGAAUAAGUUUGUUGUUAUCGAUCUUUCUUCUCCACCGGCUAUAAAAGAUAGGAAGGUUCGGUUUCGGGAUCGGGAUCAGUUUCGUGUGAAUAUUUCACGUUCUUUGCAUUUCAGUGUGGGAAAUAUUGUGGUUUACUUCGUUUCAACAGAAUCCAAGUUGAAAUCUCACGCUGAAAGGGUUUUAACCGUAUCUGAUACCGCUGGUCGUCUUUCCGUUUUCAGUAUGAUUUGGCAAGACAAUGCGGUUACGGGUUCAUGGAUUACAAAACGAGCUAAGGUUGUCGCUAAUUUAGACGGUACUGCUAGAAGAAAUAAUAAUAAAGCCAAAGGAAAAAGCCACGCAUUUGCGUACACAACUACCACUAAGGAUCUGGAAGACUUUAAUUACCGAACACGCGAAGAGUUAGUUUCGAGCUCUUCGUUUCUCUUUCAUGUGAAUCUCGCACCCGUCACUAUCAAUCUGGAUCGUUCGUUAUAUCAAACUCUAUUUGAUCAUUUACAUCAGGUCACUGAUUGGUUAUCGUGUAUAUCAUCCGAUUAUUCCGAUCCUGUUGCCACUGGGCCCACUACGGAGAAUCAUGCAUCUCAAUCGUCAAUUAUCGUCGAAUGUGAUUUUGUUGAGGUUUCCGUUAGUGUAUCACCGGUGGAGAACGUUAAAGGCUCAAUUCAGAAUGAGCUUCCGGGAUCUUGGUGUAAUUUACGAUUAAAAGUUGAUAAAUUCGAGGUGCUGACUGUAUCAAAUACAGGUGGAAUUUCGGGUGCUAACUUUCUUUGGGUGGCCCACGGUGAGGGUGAUCUACACGGGUCCGUUACCGGAGUUCCUGGUAAAUGGUUUCUUCUUAUCUCAUGCGACAAAUCAACCAGGGGACGUGGGAACGGUGACGGUUCGAAUAUAUUGUCAUCUCGGUUUCCGGGGUCCGAUAUCAUACACAUGUGGGACCCAAAUACGUGCGUGAGUCAAGUAUCUGUAAAUAUUAAAUGUGCUACUAUUGUUGCUGUAGGGUGUCGGUUGGAUUGGUUCGCUACCAUUGUAUCGUUUUUUAGUCUUGCUUCAACCACAAGUAACCAAGGAGAUGACGGUUCUGGUUCUUCAAAGAACGAAGAUUCUAGAAGUUCGGGGUCUUCGUUUGUUCUUAAUUUGAUCGAUAUUGGUUUGAGUUACGAACCGUACUCGAGUAACAAAGAUUCUUCUCAAGAACAAUGUGUUGGUGGUCUUUUAGCGGCAUCUAGUUUAAAACUUUCAAACGUGUUUGAGACGGAUUACGAAAUCAAAGCUCAUGAUGUCGGUUUGCUGCUUUGCGAAGAAUCAGGGAUCAAGAAUCUUAACGGGUGCUACAACGAGCAAACUCUUAGAAAAAGCGGGUACGUAAAAGUUGCGGGAGAAACGCAUGUCGAAGCGGUGUUACGAAUGGAUUGUAAGAACGGUCAUGAAUGGGAGGUAGAAUGUUCGGAGUCUCACGUUGUUCUAGAAACUUGUCAAGAUUCCACUUUUGGACUUGCACGUCUUGCCGCUCAAAUCCAGGAGAUUUUGGCUCCCGAUGUUGAAGAGUCGAUCGUGCAUUUGCAGACUCGGUGGGAUAAUCAUAAUAUCCGGCUGGCAGCGAGUAAACAUUCCACGUCAUCAAGUUCAGACACGAAUCAAGAAACUUAUACGGUCAACUUAAUGGAUGAAAUAUCCGAAGGAGCGUUUAACUUGCCGCGCAAGUCAUCUGUUAAAGUGUCCAUUCCCGUAUCUGGAUCGGAAAAUAAUGAAACCUCGUCUUCACGUUCUAUCUUUCCGGAGUUCAUAGACGGGUAUUUCUUAUCUGAUUUCCAACUGUUAACCGAACCAUCUUUAAACAACCAAUCACAGAGCCCCAAAUCAGCAACUUCUAUGGAUCUAGAACCUCAAGAUGGAAGUGGAUGGUACGGUGAUUCACUGUUCAACAUUGUCGAGGACCAUGUUGCAAGUAUCGGUGAAAAAAACAAUUCCAAACUUGUUGGAAACAGAGAUUUUGUCACACAGACUGAGAACGUAAAAGUUAAAGGUCUCGUGGUUUUAAAAAAUAUUGAUGUACGGUGGACACUUUACGCUGGUUCCGAUUGGGAAUAUACAAGGAAUAAAGCUGUUGGGUUAGAGUUUGCACUGUCGAAAAUGGGCCUUCGUUGUAAUAUAUACCCUGACGGUGAAAUAUGCGUUUCGAAGAUCUCACUUUCGGUUCAAGAUUUUUCUCUUAACGAUGUCAGCAAAGGUGCACCCUGGAUACAGGUUCUUGGCUAUUAUCAAUCGAAAAACCGGCCUCGAGAAUCACGUUCUAGAGCGUUGAAGCUAGAUUUAGAAUCCGUUAGACCGCAUCCUUCAAUCCCUCUUGAGGAGUAUCGGUUACAAAUCGCAGUGCUUCCUAUGCGUUUGCAUCUUCAUCAGAGUCAUCUUGAAUUCCUAAUCAACUUCUUUGGAGCAAAAAACUCAUCAUCUGAUCACUCUCAAGAUAUACCCGAACCCGAUAUCAUAGAGGAAGCAUUACUUCCCUUUUUUCAGAAGUUUAGCAUAUCACCUGUCGUCGUUCGGGUUGACUACAUUCCGUCUCAUGUUGACUUAGCUGCAUUAGGCCAUGGGAAGUUUGUAGAACUUGUUAAUCUAUUUCAAUGGAAGGGGGUAGAGUUAAAACUGAAACAUGUUGAAGCUAUCGGUGUUUACGGUUGGAGCAGUGUAUGCGAGACAAUUGUUGGCGAGUGGUUGGAAGAUAUUUCUCAGAAUCAGAUUCAUAAACUGUUGAAAGGCCUUCCUCCAAUUCGGUCAGUGGUUGCUGUCGGUUCUAGUGCGGCAAAGUUAGUUUCUAUACCGGUGAAAAGCUAUAAGAAAGAUCGCAGAAUAGUCAAGGGUAUACAAAGAGGUACAAUUGCGUUUUUGAGAAGUGUGUCACUAGAGGCUAUUGGACUUGGAGCGCAUUUGGCAGCUGGGGCCCACGCUAUUCUUGUUCAAGCAGAGGACAUAAUUUCAACCAGUCCACCAUCCUCACCUACACAAACCCGAGUAAACCCUAAUAAUACAAGAUCCGUCCAGCCUAAAAAUGCUCGUCAAGGAAUACAACAGGCUUUUGAGACCAUGAGUGACGGCAUAGGAAAAUCGGCUUCUGCUUUGGUCCAAACGCCUCUGAAAAAAUAUCAACGUGGGGCCGGUGUAGGGUCUGCUUUGUCCACUGCUGUUCAGGCGGUUCCUGGAGCUGCCAUAGCUCCUGCUUCAGCCGCUGCGCGAGCGGUUCACUCUGCUCUUCUCGGUGCCAGAAAUAGCCUUGAUCCAGAGCACAAGAAAGAUUCAAUGGAUAAAUACCUAGGCACAACUCAGCCCGAGAGACGUUAAAUAACAUUCAAUAGGUUAUAUCUUUAAAUCCGUGAAGUGUGAAACUAACUAGCUAACUUGUUUAGCAAGAAACAAGACGAAUGAACGAGCACCCCAAGGACAUGGCAAGCUUGUUUAGAUGGGAUGUGAUGACUCAGUGGGAAGCUAGUGUGAUUUUGCUCUUGCCUGCAGUGGAGAUUGCCCGUGUCACAGGUCAUUCAAAUGGUUUGUUUAUAAUUGUUGUUGAGACCAGCCCCGCUUCAUAUUCUAAUGGAGUUUUUGUAGAUAUUAUUAUUAUGUGUUCAUAUCUUGCUUUUCUUGAAUAUUCUCAAGUUGUAUAAAGUUCCACAUUAUUUGUUGUACAUAAUUUAUAAACUGAACUGUUAUAAAGCUAGAUUAUCACUGUAA